AUGUCUCGACAACUCCUACAGCAGGAAUACUACAACUCGAACGUGCAAGAGUAUGCACCGCAAACAUACAAGAUAACCAUGGACUUCGCUAGCCAGCUGAAAGUGGGACACAUUAUCCAGUCAUCCAUGAAGGACACCGUUAAAAAUUUGGUGUUGUGCAUGGCAGUGUGCCGAGACCCGAGGCAAUCACCCCUUCUCAAAUUUCAACCUAUCAACCCCCUCUGGGUGCCCCUGAGGCACAUGGUGCUUUUUGAAACCAAUGUAACAGUUAAUACUUCCUCAUCGGCUUCAGCACCGUCUCCAAAACCAGGAACAAACAAGUUUACUUCUCUGCAAUCACAAAUUUCUAACAAAUCUGGCGAUGAAAAUAGCUCGAAAGCGAAAAAUGAACACGAAAAAGUUGAAUCAAAAUUAAGUAAUGAACAAAAUAAAGAUGUGGAAAAAUUAAAAAUGGAUGAUGCUAAAGAAAUUGUUUACUACAGUUUGGUAAGCAAACCAAAUCGCCAGCAGCCACCUGACGCGGUUUCUGUGAAAAGUGAUUGCAACGCGGCAACUUUCACCGACAAUAGCGACAAAACUAAUAAAACAAUCACAGAAGAGGUCAAAAUUGUCAGCGAUAACCAUAAACCAGAACCAAUCAUUGCCAUAAAACCAACAAUUUCGGAAAAACCCGCCGCGAAAGUACUUACAAAUCAAUCGUCAGUCGAGAAGCCAACCCCAGCCCAGAAACCUUCUUUCAACGUGCUUCCCAAUUCUCUGGCAGUUGAUCAGAAAAACUGUAAUUCAGAUUUAAACAACUAUAAUGCCAAAAAAGAAACACUCAAUACUGACAUUAAAUUCACGAUAGCGGAAGGUGUGAAUGGCUGUGCAAAGCACAAAAUUUACGACAUUGAUCGAGCGUUUGCCCAUGAACUCCUCAAAAAUGCUGAAACCGGUUGCUUCCUGUUCAGGAAAUCUGUCAAAAAGCCAGGGGGUUUGACGCUGUCGGUUGCUUCUUCAUCUCCUCGCCAGUUGCACAACUUCUUCAUCGAAAUUGAAGACAGCAAGUACAAAAUUGGAAAUUACGGUUUCGAUUCACUGGAUCAAAUCAUAUCCUACUACAGCAAGAAUAGCAUUGUAGAGAACGAAUCAGAUUCUGCUGUUAAACUAACGAAACAAUUUUCAAUCUGUUGA